AUGUCUCAUGAGCCAUUCCAAAAGAAAUUGGGUGAUCUUCAACAGCUUCAUGCAAUAUAUCUUGGAGGUAAUCAGCUUUUAAGCACUAUACCAACCUCCAUAUUUAAUAGUUCAGUACGACAAGGCAUUACACUUGAAAGCAAUAAUUUAUCCGGGAGUCUGCCAACAAAUGUGUGUUCCCGGCUUCCAAAACUCAAAUUAUUUUAUGUGGAUGGAAAUGAUUUGUCUGGCAAAAUACCCUCCAUUUGGCAUCAAUGCAAGGAAUUGGUAGAGUUACAAUUGGGGAAUAACAAAUUCAAUGGAGGAGACAUACCAACUGACAUUGGAAAUUUGACCAAACUUGAGUGGCUAUAUCUUAGAAGCAGCAACUUGCAAGGAAUCAUUCCAAGUGAGAUUGGAAAAUUGACAAACCUCCAGCACCUUGAUCUUAGCAACAACAAUUUGCAAGGAAUAAUUCCAAGUGAUAUUGGAAAAUUGACAAACCUCCAGUUCCUUAGUCUUGGCAACAACAAUUUGCAAGGUCAGAAUUUUAAUUAUAUGACUAUCUUAGACCAUGUGAGUAUUUUUGUUUUGUUUUAGUCUCAGGGAUGAAAAAUAAUUCUAGAAUGAAAUUUUGUUUUUAUUUU